AUGUCAGCCUGGAACGGUGGCAACUGGGGCAGCGGCGGCGGUAGCGCUGGUGCCUGGGAUGAACGCCCUCAGGGAGGCGGUGGUAGUUCCCCUGCUUGGGACGCUGGCUAUGCCAAAGACAACACAGACUACGAUGGUAUGGCCAAGAAGGCCGAGGAGAACGAUACAGGCGGCCAAGGUUUUGGCUUCGGCUUCGGUGACGACGGCCCUGCGGGUAACAAUGAUGGCGGUAGCGGUGGUGCUGACCACGCCUGCUUCAACUGCGGCCAGCCUGGUCACAACAAGGCAGAUUGCCCCAAUCCCCGCGUCUUCACUGGUGAGUGCCGAGUCUGCAAGAAGGAGGGCCACAUGAGCAAGGACUGUCCCGAUGCUGGUCCGAAGCGUUGCGGCAACUGCAAGGAGAUUGGCCACUUCAUUUCAGAGUGCCCCAAGCCCCUCGUCUGUCCUCGUUGUGGUGAAGCGCACAUGGUGAAGGACUGCUCUGUCCCCGCAAAGUGCUACCACUGUAGUGAAGAGGGCCACCUGGGCAAGGAGUGUCCCAACCAUGUUGAGCUGUGCAAGAACUGUCAGGAGCCAGGCCAUCGAGCCGCAGACUGUAAGACUCAGCGCAAGGUUGACCGCAGCCAUCUCCCGGAAAUCUCUGGGGCCGAGGCUUGGAAGCGUUUGGAGACAGCCAUCCGUGAUCGUGACCUCGAUGAUGUCAAGGAGGCUGUACAGGUCUACGUCAAGGCCCAGCCUGAGACGACCUAUGCCGACUUGGAGGAUGCCUUGCGAGCCCAGGGAUACAACCUGUACCUCAUUCCACGCGAGAAGCCCAACAUGGCUGCUACCCUGACCAACAUGGACUUCCAGGGUAACAUGGAUAAGAAGUAUACGGUGAACUACCGCUUCGACAACCGCCCUGCUCGUCCCAAUGAGCGCGAGGGCUGGCCAGCUGACCAGAAAGAGGUCAUGGAGCGUCUCGCCGAUGCGGGCGAGGUCGUUCCCCGCUGGGUACCAAAGUGCAACAAUUGUGAUGAGCUUGGUCAUGUCGCCAAGGAGUGUCCGCAGGAGAAGAUGGAACGCACUGAUCAAGUCGUGAUCAAGUGCUACAACUGCGAAGGCGAGGGCCAUCGUGUUCGCGAUUGUCCCGUCCCUCGUGUUGACAAAUUUGCUUGCAAGAACUGCGGUCAGGCUGGACACAAAGUCGCGGACUGUCCUGAGCCCAGAUCUGCCAAGGAUGUCGAGUGUCGGAAGUGCAACGAGAUCGGCCACUUCUCCAGAGACUGCCCUCAAGGUGGUGGUAUGGCAUGCCGCAACUGUGGUCAAGACGGUCAUAAAGCCGCGGACUGCACAGAGGCGCGUAACCUUGCGUUGGUGCAGUGCCGUAACUGUGAUGAGUACGGCCACAUGUCGAAGGAAUGCCCGAAGCCGAAAGACAUCUCUCGUGUCAAGUGCUCCAACUGCCAGGAGAUGGGGCACUACAAGUCUAAGUGCACUAAUCCUCUUGUUCCCGAGGACAACAAUGCUGGUGGAUUCGCGAGUGGCUUCGGUGGUAGCAACGACGCUGCUGCUGACUCUGGUGCUGCUGCCGAUUCCGGUGGCUUUCCUGCUGGUGACUGGUAA